GUGUUUCUGAGGCUAUGGCCUUCUCGCGUGCAAGUCUUGGUUAGCGUGGGAGCACAGCUCGCCACGUGCUUGCAGUUUCAAAAUCGGCGUUCCGCGUGAGCUUCGACGAACGCCAUGCCGAGAAAGAAAAUUCAGAAGAUUCCCUGCAGUUCAUUUUACCGCAGAAGAGAUCCGCAAACGCUCAACGACAUUCUAAACCAGAUUGACGCUGGGGAAGAUGUACCGUCUACGGUGGCCAUUCUUCCGCCCGAAAAUCACGCGGCGGCAGUGACAGAUGAAGAAAGCGGUGAUGAAGAAUGCACCAGCAUGGACCAUCUGCCGGGGAGCACUCUUCGUGCUGAAGUUCUGGACACUUGUUCAGAGUCAAGUGAGGACGAGAACGACCAGGAGCCACCAGCUAAGCAACAGAAACGACGUGUCAAGUGGGAUAAACGCGAUUUGAACGCGAGUUUCCCAACUCGCCACUCGUGUGAUUCAGACUCCGCUGAAGGAGCACCGCUAACUCCAGUAGAGGCAUUUGAAAAAUUUUUCGAUGAUGAAGUCAUCAACCUGCUUGUUGCAAACACCAACACCUAUGCACAACAGAAGAAUCGGUUGUUGAACGUGAACGCAGGUGAGAUGAGAUGUUUUCUCGGCAUUCUGCUUCUCAGUGGCUAUGUGCCGGUUCCAAGGCGUCGCAUGUUGUGGGAAAACUCACGUGAUUCUCAUAAUGAACUCGUCGCGAACUCUAUGAGGCGGGACCGAUUUGAAGCCAUUUUCACCAACCUACAUGUGGCUGACAACAACAACCUAGUACAAGAAGACAAAUUCACAAAACUGCGACCACUGUUUAGGCUCUUGAAUGAACGGUUUCUGUAG